AUGACAUCACCUUGUUUCCCACGUUCAUAUAUCAACACGUCCGUUUUUUUUUUCCAAGCCGACCACCACGCGCCUGAUCGAACUGCCACUUUACGGGGAAGGUACACCAAACUUAAUCCGGGACAUUUUGCUUUCCGCAAUUGGACCGUUGACCCACGCCCCUUAAACAAUCGCGUGAAUCACGCCCCAACCUUCCUACCCGGGAAAAAAACACAGAGUAAAGAAGAAAAAUUGCCCUGCCCUUUCCUUUUAAAUUUUGGUAGGAAAAUCUUACCAUAAUUAAAAACCCCUUGAAAAAGCCUUCCCUGUUUUGCUUAAUGGCUGAAUGAUGGUGUUAAUAUAUCUUGGAGAGAGUAGUUAAAAACCCAAAAGAAAAAGUUUAAAAAGAAAAGGAAAAGGGGAAAAGAAGAGAGAGAGGGACGGCGCCUUUUUGUUUCAACUAGAGAUAUUAUUAGCACAUAUCUCAAGUAAAGGCCAAAGGGCAAAGAGUAAGGAUGCGGGAAGUUGCUGCUUCCACUGCUUUUUAAUAAGUAAUAUUAGUCUAUUUUAUUAAUAUUUUUUUAUAUGCAUUUGUGUUUGUGGAUUUGCUUUGAUAAAUAGUGAAAGAAUGAAAAAAAUUUGUCUAUCUCUAUGUAACGGCUACUUUUGAUGGUGUUGUUGAAGAAUUGAAGACUGAGAAAUAAAAAAAAAAAGUGGGUGUGAUUUGGUUUAGUCUCGAAGGGAGUCAGCAGAAAUGGAUUACAACAAUGAUCAUGAGCCUUGGAAUUGGCAUGAGGAGAAUUAUGGUCUUCAAAAGAACAACAAUUUUGAUGCUUCCCAAGGUGCAUGGACUCAAGUGACCUUGAACGAGGAAGAUCUUUCCUACAUCUUUGAUGAAACAACCCCUGUUAAGGAAUGUGGGGAUCUUUCAUUCCAUGUUACUCUUAAUGAUAAUAUAAGCAAGGAAUCAGAGGAUAAGAGGGAGACCUCUUCACAAGUUAAAAGGCGUAGAAUGCUUCAAUUUGACACUCAUGCAGUAGAUUCUUCCCUUGUCUGUGAUGAAAUGCCAUCUGCAUUCCUAAAAUCAAGGGAGAGGGAUAAUUCAAUUGAAGAGGUUUUACCUGAUGCAUCUCAGUGGGUUGCUGGAUUUUCAGAAAAUGCAUCAGCUUCCUGGUAUGAGGGCCUAGAUCACUCAUGUGAAGGGUGGCUUGCUGAAUAUUUUAAUGAUACGGAGAUGCUUCUUAGCUCUGACGAUAUGAAUCUUAUUGGGGCAGUUGAUGUUCAAAAUGAUAUUUCAGAGUUGUGCAAUGCCCAACCAGAGUCUGGGGCUGAUGCUGUUCAAAAGCAGGUGACUCAAACUCCUCGAAAUAUUGUUUUCAAAGGUAGGAAGUCUUUCAUUCGCACACCCCCUAAGCAAGCAUCUUCUGUUGCCUACCCAUUUGCAUUCAUUAAACCUUGUGGUUUCCAUGGAGAUGUUACCCUGAAGGAUAUAAACCAGCGAAUCCGAACUCCACCACCAUCAAAAUCAAAACAAAGCAAUGAAGAUCUUGGUGAUGCUUUUCCAACUUCUGCUUUUUCUGGGAAGCCUGUUGUUGGCAAAACUAAAAUUCGUACUGAAGGAGGAAAAGGUAGCAUCACAAUUAUGAGAACCAAAGGGUGAGUAGAGAAGUGUUCUUCUGAACUUCCUCUUUUUGUGGCCCUUUGAUCUCCCUCUUGGUUAAAUCUGGUGGUUGAGUAACUCUGUAGUAUUCCUGGUUCCGACUAGUACAGAGGCUGAUACUGCAUUUUUUUUUGUUGGAAUCUUGGACCCAUAAUACACAUCAAAGUGUUUAUAUUUCCAAGUAGUAUUCUAGGUGUCUAAUAGUUGUUUUAUACAUGGUGGCUUUUAUUAUUAGGCUAUAAAUGACAUGAUGUCAGACAUCCACCUAUUUUCUUUUGGUUUCUCAAAAGAUCUAAUUAAUGUUUUCGCUAAGCAGAGUUUGUGUAUUCACAUGGUAUAUCUAGAUGAUAUAUUUAACAUGUAGCGGAAGCAUAAGCUUGUGCAGUUGUACCGCUUUCUCUCUC